UGCAAUGGGGAGAGAAAUCUGUGCAGAGAGGAUUGGACCUAUCCCAUGAGGAGAGAGAUGCAGGAAAUUUUACCUGGGUUAUUUUUAGGCCCAUAUUCUUCAGCUAUGAAAAGCAAGCUACCUAUACUUCAGAAACAUGGCAUAACCCAUGUAAUAUGCAUACGGCAAAACAUCGAAGCAAAUUUUAUUAAACCAAACUUCCAACAGCUAUUUAGGUAUUUAGUCUUGGAUAUUGCAGAUAAUCCAGUCGAGAAUAUAAUACGAUUUUUCCCUAUGACUAAAGAAUUUAUUGAUGGAAGUUUACAAAGUGGAGGAAAAGUUCUUGUCCAUGGAAAUGCAGGGAUUUCUAGAAGUGCUGCCUUAGUUAUUGCAUACAUAAUGGAAACGUUUGGGGUGAAGUACAGGGAUGCAUUUACUUAUGUUCAAGAAAGAAGAUUCUGUAUUAAUCCUAAUGCUGGAUUUGUCCAUCAACUUCAGGAAUAUGAAGCCAUCUAUCUAGCAAAAUUAACCAUCCAGAUGAUGUCGCCGCUGCAGCUGGAGAGAUCCCUCUCAGUUCCACCUGGUAGUACAGGAAGUUUAAAGCGAAUGCAUGAAGAGGAUGACGAACUCGGACCCAUGCAAGUGGCGGCAGCACAGAACGGAUGAUAGCUGCGGACGAGCACUGUCGGUAUUGCGAAUUCCUGCCAAGAAAGGUGAAGAAAACUAGGGAAAAAGACUUAAUAACGCAAAACGAUGAACACACACAUAGCUUCUUCUCAAUUACAUGUUGCUUUCAGAUGUAAAUCUGCCUCUGCAACACACUAAGCAUCAUUUUUAAGAUGUUGGACUUCUUGAAUGAAUAGAUGGCACUGAUUGUUUUACUCCUUUUUUACACUUUACAGUUUUAUUCUAAACCAAGAUUUUUGGACUUGCAAAGAGGUAUUAUUGCAAUAAUGCACUUUUCAUACUUGAAAUUUCUUUAUUUGUAUGAUAUAAAGUUAUUACUUUAAACAAAAUGCAAGCUGGGGGGAUUUGUUUAUAAAGUUAUUUGUGUAAUUUAUAACAAGAGACUUUAGUAAAGAAAAAGUU